GCAGACAGACGGCCAGCGGACGGGGCAUCUCACCUCGGCUACUUGGCCUGCCUGGGCCCUGGGCACACUAGGUACCCCGUACUGUGGUAAGUACUCAGGCAGGUCACGUAACGGCAACCUCCUUGUUCGUCCCUGGGGCUGGGGCAUGGUCGACUAUUUGUUGGGCGCUGGACGGCUUUAUUAUCCCCGGCCCCAUGCGAAGAGGUUUGAAGCCUCGUGACACAACAAUGACUUGACCAUUUUCUUGUGUCUCUCAGUCCCGCAGCUAGCCUUGCUUCCCAUCGUUGAUCGCACCCUUUCGAGCCUGGCCUCUCCCCUCGUUGUUUGUGUCAUGUCAGACAGCCAGCAAUAAGAAGAAGAAGACCUCCUCUACGCACCGCGCAGCUCGAACACCCAGAUGUUCUCUCCUCUUCCCUCUUCUCCCCUUCCUCCUCUUCCGCUGUUUUUCUCGGCAGCACUGAGCAAUUAGUUCCCGUUCCUGAGCCUCGCCUGUCCUGGUUUUGUCGGUAACUCGGCACUGCACGCUACUCUGUCGCCUUCUCCCUGCCUCGGACUGCAACUCCAUCGCACAUAGACAGGCCCUCAGCCCCGGUUUUUUGGCCAGAGCAAAUUCGCACCCGUUGAUUCGUCCGCCGCCACUUUCACAAGCUUGCCAGAAUCACCAGCAGACAUUCCAGGGCCCGUAGCAACUCCCAAAGCAGCCUUGUCCCAUCGCUAGACUCCUAUACGUUCCCACUCGCCUCGACGCCUUCCGAGGCUCACCGCGCCCGAACGACCCGUAUCUACCCCCCCGACGCUCGAGCAGGCCACCUGGAAAAGAGUUGAACAAACGCCGUCCAGCUCAGGGUCACCCCCUUUUUCUACACACGCCCCCCUCACCCAUCGACUUUCCACGCCGCCUGUCAGGACCAAAAGUUGCAUGUGACGAUUCCCACGCUGCACCACCAGUGGGACACCCACGACGACAUCCCUUAGCCUCCACAACAACGCCUCCCCAUCCUCACAUCGACUCACAAAGCCAUGCAGUACGUGCGCAACCUGUCAGACUCUGUCUCGACAGCAUGGAACUCCAUAAACCCAGCCACCCUCAGCGGUGCCAUCGAUGUCAUAGUGGUGGAGCAGGAAGACGGCACUCUGUCCUGUUCGCCUUUUCACGUCCGCUUCGGCAAGUUCUCGCUCUUGCGUCCGUAUGAGAAGAAGGUCGAGUUCAGGGUCAAUGGAAAGAAGCAGGACCACGCCAUGAAGCUGGGCGAGGGCGGCGAGGCCUUCUUCGUGUUCGAGACCAGCGACACCAUCCCCCAGAGCCUGCAGACGUCGCCACUGGUAUCCCCUGCGUCGAGCCCGCCGCUGCAGCCUUCUACGCCUGGGAGGGCCGCCACCAUGCCACCUGCCUUGCAAGAGCCGCCACUGUUGGACUUGGAUUUGGAUGCGCAGAGGGAUGCGGAAAGGGACGCCGACGGGGACCUUGACAAGCUCGCACCCCAGAGCUUCACGAGACCACCUCCCGGGCCCAUCUACUCGAGCUCAGUGCCACGGGAAAAGGGAAUACUUUCACCAAUGCUGGCAUCGUCCGAACUGGGGGGUGUUAGGCCCGCCUCAGGAGACUGGUCUUCACUUCGACCACAUAGCGAUGACAUCCUGCGCGAGUCUGCGCGCCACAAGCGCAAGGGGUCGACCCUGAACGACACAGCCGACCUCGCGGACUUCUCUGAUAGAUCUCACAGCCCCCCACCGUUGGCGCCCAGCGAGGCUCUCGAGCGCGCAAUCAAUCUGUCCAGGGAGCUGCAGGCUGUGAAUCUCCCCACCCAUGUCACGGAGACGGGCGAUCUUAUGUUGGAUAUGACUGGCUUCAAGAACAAUGAGGAGGAUGCCAUACACGCUGAGAUCCUUGCGAGGAAAGUACUAUCUCAAGAACUCGAGGGAAACUACGACAUUGGGGCCCUCUUCGGGAUUGAUGAGCACGGCAAUCUCUGGAUUUACAGCAGUGAGGAGGCCAAGGACGCAGCUAUGCGCAAGACAAUGGAGUCUGCUUCGGGUCUUCGGUCGCAGACCUUUGAUGCCGACGCCGUAUCUGACCCGGGCUACCAUAGUGAUGACAGCAGCCGUGAUUCGGCGACGGCAGCGUUCCCCGGCCACCGCCGUACCGAGUCGGACGUGGGCCACGGGAUGGACUUGCAGACCCCACCUUCAUCACCCGGAUCAAGCAAGGCCGGCCGUGUUGGUGGGAUGGGCGAUCCCAACAUCAAUUACGCCAAGACCCUGCGCCUGACUAGCGAUCAGUUGCAUGCCUUGAACCUGAAGCCUGGCGAGAACUCUAUGAGCUUCACUGUCAACCGCGCGACCUGCACGGCAGCUCUUUACUUGUGGAAACAUGACACUCCGGUGGUGAUUUCAGACAUUGACGGAACCAUCACGAAAUCCGACGCCUUGGGCCACGUGCUGAACAUGAUAGGGCGUGACUGGACACACGCCGGCGUUGCGAAGCUGUAUUCGGACAUUGAAGCGAACGGGUAUAACAUCAUGUACCUCACAUCACGCUCAGUUGGACAAGCGGAUACCACCCGCGCCUACUUGGGCGGCAUUGUGCAGGAUGGAUACAGACUGCCCCGAGGCCCGACGAUAUUGUCUCCGGACAGGACGAUGGCGGCCUUAAGGAGGGAGAUUUACCUGCGGAAACCGCACGUGUUUAAGAUGGCCACACUCCGCGAUAUCAAGAACCUGUACGGCUCGGAUUACCACCCGUUCUAUGCCGGCUUCGGCAACCGUCUCACCGAUCAGAUCUCGUACCGCACGGUAGACGUCCCGAGGACGAGGAUCUUUACGAUCAACUCCAACGCCGAGGUAUCCCUCGACCUCCUAUCUCUCAACAAGCUCAAGCUGUCCUACGUGUCCAUGACAGACGUGGUGGACCACUACUUCCCACCUGUGUCCACCAUCGUCAAGGGCGGCGGGGAAGAGUACACCGACUUCGCCUACUGGCGAGACAAGCCGCUCGACGUGGAUGAGUUCUCGGCUUCCGAGUCCGAUUCGGAUAACGACGACGCCGCACGUAGGAGGCCAGGCGACCUCGAGAGCCAGUACGCGGAGGACGAUGACGAAGACGACGACGAAGUCGAGGGUGACGGCCUGGCGGACUCGUACAUCUCGCGAGGCUCCUUCGACGAUGGGUAUGGCUACGCCGAGGGCGAGGGUGACGCCGAGGGCAGCGUGUUCAGCGGCGAUUACGAUGACGAGCAGUUUGACGGCGGCGUGAUGGGGAGCCUUGUGCUCGAGGAGGACGAAGCUGACGAUGAGGAUGACGAGGGCGAUGUCGGUGAGCCGCAGCAAGGGGAGAAGCAGCAGCAAACGCUCGCGCUGCCCAAGGCGGCGGCGCCGCCCAGGGCCCCUUCGCCCAAGGUCGCGGUCGAGGAUCUCAGCGCGGAGAUGAUCACGGGCAUGAUGAACCUUUCUGUGGAAAAGGAGCUCGAGCAGUGAGUGUAGUGACGUGGCGCGGUGCCCAGGUUGGGAGUAUUUGUAUAAUUUGAAGGGGACGGGUAAGAUUUGGUUGCAUACCUAAUUCGGUGGGCUUCUCCGGGGGAUCGGGUCAUCGCAACAGCGCUACAGUUGGUGUUGGCUGCAACCCGGGUUCAGGAGAUUGGUUUGUAAGGGGCUAUGCACAGUUCCGAAGUGCCGUUCACCACUAUUGCACAGCAAGGCGUCUUGGCUUGAAUUCAUGGGGGAUAAAUAGGAGCAUUAGAAAUACGCAUUAGAAGCGUGGAAUUAUCAUUUAUGGAUCUUUGGUCCGUAUGAAAGAUCGGCGUGGCUGGCUUGAACUCUUCCGCGGUGCUGCAUGAUUAUCAUGCGAACCGCCUAUGACGAUGUUGCAUGGCCCUUUCCCGUCCUGCUUUGAGGCGAGUAAAAUCGGCCGUUGGUCCUCGCGCAAAGUGCUGUCAGUGACGAUGCUAAGCGAUCAACACACGUCUAGUAGCAAAAACCCAGUGUCCCCACCAUCACUCAGCAUUGGCGACCUGGCCUCGAUUCUUGACGACGAUCUUAUGACCUCUUGGGGCCCAUCCUCCCCCACUUACUGCUCAAUGCCGUCAAGAAUAGACUGAAUGCCCAGUCUGGCUGGACUACUCGCUGUCUACCUGCGGUUAUGUCGUGUGUGCUGCCCGCAAUGCCGCGAGCUCUCUGGAACCUGUGCGUCAGACUCAUAGAUGCUGAGCUGGCCAGACAUUGACCUCACCGCCUCCCUUAGACUGUUCGAGACGACUCAGCAUCAGGCUUUUGGAACUGAGCUACACAUGAGACCCAAGAUCUGCUUUUGUUCAUCGCAUCCUAUCUUAAUCGAAGAGGAUCAUAUGGUGGCUCAGGUACCCCAACUCGCGCGUUGUGCGCCUCUACUGCUGGCUGUUGUGCUGGGCCCUGCGCCCGCGCUGGGUCUGCUGUGGCUCGCGUCGACUGGCCCGGUGUCCAUGACGGUCGCCCAGAGACCGGCGUUGUGAAAGCUGAUCGCGGGAUGCCCAGGAUGUCCCAUGGGUGUUGCUGCAAUGACCACUGGUUAGCUCCGGCGCCGGCUUGUCCGGGAGCCCAGGAUCUGGGUGAGACAUGUUGGCCGGCGUUGCCAUCGCUGCCUUCGGAAGUGUGACUGAAGCUCCCUGCACUGCCACCGCGGAGGUACGUUUCCCCCUCGCCCGACGACUUCGGGAGAGCACCAUUAGCCAUCAUUUGAUGGCCGUGGAAUGUCAUUAUGUCGCCUGGGGACACACGAUUGUAUGCAUUUGGCGUUGCAGGUUGAGAAACUGACGCAGGAUUGCGGGCGCCUCCCGAUUGCGAGGCAUUGUUAGACGCGCCGUCGAAGCCGUAACGGAAUUUUGCAGAUGGGUUCCAGAAAGAGCCAGGUGCGAGGUUGUCUUGUGCAGAGCCCUACUCCGCCAUAUCAACAUCCUCUUCCCCGACUUGCUCGCCAACCUGUGCGCCUUGGCCUGCACCAAAAAUGUCUUCCAUAGUGCCGCCCUCGACCCCAUCACCGCCGACGUCCUCGUCAUUCGGCUGAUGUUCCAUCGCAUCGACCAUCUCCUCGUCAUCGUCGUCGUCCUCGCUGUCAUCUUCGGCGCUCCGCGCGAGAACAUCUCGCAGCCCCCAGCCUACGCCGCUGAGCACGAACUUCUCGCUUGGUAGUCGCACGCCCCACUCUCCGGGUGGCACACGUGGCAGCGCGACCUUAUUCCUCUCUGCGGCUAUGCUUGCAAGAGCAUCCUUGCUGAUCGCUCCGCCGCCGGUCGCGCCGCCGCCGCCGCGGAACUGGUAAGCCAGCCGGGCACCGAUGGCCAGUUUUACAGCGUUGGCGGUGACCAUUGCAUCCCCGCCACUGCCUGGGACUGUAGCUGUGCCACCGGCCGUAGCAGAUGGCUUCGAUCCGGCGUGGGUGGUAUAGGGAUCGGCAGCCAGGUAGAUCGAGUCACUAAGGACAGAGGCCGUGUGUCGGUAUGCAAAGUCGAGCAGGAGAAGUGGUAUUCGAGACUCGAAGGCUGUAACACCUUGGGCGUUGAGGAGCAGCUCGAUUGUGCGUUGGUCGCGCGGUCGUGGGGCGGAGGCAGUGGGCGAUGUCGGUGGCGCAGGUUGGGAGGCUGCAGCCGCUGCUACUGCUGGGGAGCCUUGUGCUGCUGCUGAGGCCUGAGGCUGUGAUUGCGACUGCGAUGGUUGCGAGUUGGAGGUCACACCAUUAGUCGCUGGCUGUGUCUGGGAGGCGGACGGUUGUGAUUGCGACUGGGUGUUGUUAACAUUCUGAGAGGCGGAGCCGCCAGGUGAGGAGGAGGGCACGCCGUUUGUCUGGGGCGCCGUGGCGGAAGACAUCGUGGAGGAUGUUGGGUGUGAUGGCAACCUGAUGGCAAGUGGUUUCUGGGACAAGUGAGGUUUGCGACGGUACAGUACACCAGCGCCGAGCCGAGGCGGAAAGUGGAGGAUUGGUGCUGGCCUGACCACUGUCAACUGUCACCCACAGAGCGUGGGGUCUGAUGACUAAGUGUUCCGCGGUAUGAUUGGCGGGGCUGUGUGUGUAGAGGUAUCAAUCAACAAUAAAUUAACAGCAUCAAUAAAGCUGUCACAGGGAGAGGAGGUCAGAUGGAGAUGGAAUAAUAGGUCUUGCCCAA